UGAAACUACAAGUGAAAAUAUUUCUGAAAAAAAUAUAAAUAACAAAUCGAAUGUUCAGACAGUUAAUACAGAUGUUGUACUUAAAAAAAAGCAACGUAUAAUAUAUAAAAAAGAAACAAACAAUCAGGAAGUAUCGACAUUUAGUAAUGAAAAUAUAAAUGUAAUUAAAGAAAUGGACGAUAAGUCUGUUGAAAUAGCACAAGCAAAUAUAUUAAAUUGUACAUCUUUAAACAAAAAAGAAACUGAAUGUAUCGGAGAGCAAAGUAAUAAUAUUGAAGUUUCAAAUAAGCAGCAUAGAUUUAAUAUAAAUCGAAAUCCUAAAUCUAAAUAUAUAUGUACUUUAAAUAAAAAUCGUAUUAGAAUAUUAAGAAAUAUAAAAAAGUUGCGGCGGACUAGUCGUUUAUAUAAAAUCGGAAAUUUAAAGUUGUUAGAUUCAGAUGAACCAAUAAUUGAAGAAGAUGAAAGUGUUGGUCAGAAAAAGUGUGUACCUAAGCUUAAAUAUAAUAAAAAUAAUAUAGUAAAAAUAAAUUUGAUGAAAAAAAUUAACAAAUUAAAAGUAAUAGAUAGUAAGUUCAUUGAAGAUUUUUCGGAAAACACUUGUAACAAUGAAACGCAAAUAAAGUUAACAGGUAAAUCAGAGAAAUUGAUGGAAAAUGUGCAAGUACCUGCUGCUAGUUCGAUCGCUAUAUCUACUGAUAUAAAUGAGAGCAUAAAAGAUGAAUGUUUUACUGAUACAAAGUCACCAUUAAAAGACUCAAAGUUAAUGCAAAAUGAGGAUGCAUUUAUUAAUAUUAAUGAAAAUACCGAGAGAGAAAACAUUGAAUCAUGUAAUAGACUUAUUUCCGAUGAAGAGAAUAAAAUGAUACAAAAUGUUUAUUUAAACAAUUCUAAAUUGAAAUUAAUUAGCCCUUUAAAAAAGAAACAUAUUUCUAAAGACAUGUGUGAAAAAUCCUUGGAGAAUGAAAUAAAUGAACCGAUUCAAAAUAUAAAAAUCGAACCGCAAAUAUUAAAUAUGAACGAAAUUGAUACUUCAAUCCAUUCUGAAAGUAAUAUUGAAUCACAAGUGACAGGACUCGAAACUUCUACGUUCUUUGAAGAAGAAACAACUGCAGAGAUAUUUAAUAAAAAUAUGAAAGAAACAAAAGAAUUGAAUUUAGAAUCCAAUAAAAUAUGUCCAGACAAACAGGGUAAUUUAAUUAUUAACACUGAAGAACCACACAAUAGCACUAUAACAACCAAAGAAAAAAGCAACGAAUUAACGACAGAUACAAGUAUAAAUAAUACGAAGUUUGAAUUAAUUAGUCCUUUGAAAGUUAAUCAGAUUUCUAAUGACACCUGUGCAUCUUCUACAGAAAAUAAAUUGCUAAGUGUAUCAACAAAUAUACCAAGAAUACCUGAACAAGUAUUAAAUGCUGCUUUAGUUAAUUCAAAAUUACGAAAGAGAGAAAAUUUAAUCCUUCCAAAGCAAAAUAAAGAAAUGAAAUUGAAUAAAAUAGGCAAAAAUGUAUCGAUUAAAAAUAAAAAAGUACGUGGAAAAUUGUCUAAAAUAUCAAAAAACAUAAGAAAGUGUGAUGAUUUAAAUAUUCAAUCGUGUAAUGCGACAGUCAAUAGUUCACAAUAUGUUUCCGCGAAUAGCAGAGUUAAUAAUAAACAUGCCGAUAAUAAUCAUUUAAAUUCUUUGGUUAAUCCAAUUGUAUUAUUAAAAAAUUAUUUACAACAAAAUUUACAUCACGAAGGAUGGAAAAAAUCCAUACAAGAACGACAAAAGAAAGAAUCAUUACAUAAAAAAAUAGAUAAGUUUGUUUAUAAGCAAUUAAGUAGAAUUGUUGAUAAUACUGAUUGGGGUAUGUCUGUACAUAGAGAUGUCGUUGAAAAAUUGUCUUCUACAUGUGGUGCUCGUAUUAUAGCCAACGGUAUAGUGAAUUUUAUGCUUAUAAGAAAAAAAGAUGAUAUAGAUAAAACUUAUACACCACCAGCACCUAUAAUGACAGCAGCUCAACAAAAAAUUGUAGCGUUAUUAGUUGAUCUUGAAAUGAAAGUACCUACAGUGAUCAAAUGGGUUCAAGAUGGAAUCGAAUAUAAAAUUUUUAGAUUGAAUUGCACACCUACGUUUUGUCAAAUCGAAAAUCUCAUACGAUUAUACAUUGCUCUUACAAGGAUACAAAAGGAUCGAGAAAAACUUAGAGUGUUAUGUUGUGAUGCUUUAUAUUGUCUCGGAAUGUCUGCAGUUUCAGUUAUUUACAUAACAUUGACAUGUUGGCCAGAAGUACUUCCAAAAUUUACAGAAAAUAAUGAUAUGUUAUCAAAGUGCUUAGUGCAUUGUAUUAUGUGUCUACAGGCUGAUAAUUUUCCUCAGUUACAAAAUUUGAAAAAUUACUUAUCAAUGUAUUAUAAUUAUAAAAAAGGAAGUUAUUUAACUAAAAAUCUAGUAGAAGAAUUAUUAAGAUCUUUUGAAAUAGGAAGUAAUUCUAAGGAAAAUAUUGAAUGUUUGAGAACAGCUGUAAUAUUACUGGCAAAAAAGGAAGGUGUCACAUGGACUCAUACUAAUAUUAUAAAAAACAUUUUAUUACCAAAUAUAGUUGAUAGAAAGUAUGCUUAUGUGCAAGAGGUAUUCGCUUUACUCGGCAAUCUUAUGCGUACCUUUCCUUUAGAAGAUAAGGAUGGAAUUGUAAAAAAUAUUGUCGAACAACUUAUAGAUUUACUUGAUUCGGGAGAAGGCCUCCACGAUCAACAAGAAGGCGUAGCAUCAGCAUUGCUAAGUUUAUCUAGACACGACUUGACGAAAGUUAUAAAUUGUGUAAUGAAAUGGAUCCCAAAGGAACCUUUAAAAUCUACAACUAUGGAUCAAUAUUUUGCACUGUUCAGUCUAAGAACAAAAGCUUAUUGGAAAAAAUAUUUAGGAUCUGUUAAAAAAGUAGUAACCCAAAUAGAAUCUAAGGAUACUUCUAAUCAUAAUGUGUACAACGAGAAUAAAUAGUAUAAUUACACGCAAUAAUAUGUUUAUAGAAGUUUCUCUGAUUAGAUAACAAAUCCGUACAAAUCGUUAUUUUAAAUAAUUUUUUACUAUAUGAGAUAAUUGAACGCGAUAAAAAAAAUGUUUA